GCCGGGAUCUCGGACGCCGCCGCUACCACUGCGGCCCGGGCCCGACUCCCCGCCCCGCGCCGGGCGCGCUCGCCAUUGGCCGCGUUUCACACUGGCGGCCGCCUCCGGGCUCCCCGCCGCCGUUGCGGCGUCCGCCAUGGGCGAGGAGGACUACUACCUGGAGCUGUGCGAGCGGCCGGUGCAAUUCGAGAAGGCGAACCCGGUCAACUGCGUCUUCUUCGAUGAGGCCAACAAGCAGGUGUUUGCUGUUCGAUCUGGUGGCGCUACUGGGGUUGUAGUUAAAGGACCCGAUGAUAGGAAUCCGAUUUCAUUUAGAAUGGAAGACAGAGGAGAAGUGAAAUGCAUUAAGUUUUCCUUAGAAAAUAAGAUAUUGGCUGUUCAGAGGACUUCAAAGACUGUGGAGUUUUCUAAUUUUAUCCCUGAUAGUUCUCAGCUGGAGUACACGCAGGAGUGCAAGACCAAGAAUGCCAAUAUACUAGGAUUCUGCUGGACCAGUUCUACUGAAAUUGUCUUCAUAACAGAUCAGGGGAUCGAGUUUUACCAGGUAUUACCAGAGAAACGAAAUCUAAAACUCCUCAAGAGCCAGAACAUCAAUGUGAAUUGGUACAUUUACUGCCCUGAGAGUGCCGUGAUUCUCCUGUCGACCACAGUCCUUGGAAAUGUUCUGCAGCCUUUUUAUUUCAGGGCUGGCACUAUGUCGAAGCUGCCCAAGUUUGAGAUUGAAUUACCAGCUGCGCCUAAGUCAACUAAACUUAGCCUUUCUGAAAGAGAUAUUGCAAUGGCUACGAUCUAUGGACAGCUUUAUGUUCUCUUCUUGAGACAUCAUUCACGGACUUCAAACAGUACAGGAGCGGAGGUAGUCUUGUAUCAUCUACCACGAGAAGGUGCCUGUAAAAAGAUGCACAUACUGAAAUUAAAUAGGACAGGAAAGUUUGCCCUAAAUGUGGUGGAUAACUUGGUGGUUGUUCAUCACCAGGAUACAGAGACCUCUGUAAUAUUUGACAUCAAGUUGAGGGGAGAGUUUGAUGGCACAGUCACCUUCCAUCACCCAGUGCUUCCUGCUCGAUCGAUUCAGCCCUAUCAGCUCCCCAUGGCAGGUCCUGCUUCCAUGGCCAGCCAGUCCCCAGUCCCCUGUAAACUCUAUUCUUCAUCCUGGAUUGUCUUUCAACCCGACAUCAUUAUCAGCGCAAGCCAAGGUUACCUCUGGAACCUCCAGGUGAAGCUCCAGCCCAUAGUAAAUCUCUUGCCAGAUAAAGGAAGAUUGAUGGACUUUCUCCUCCAGAGAAAGGAGUGCAAGAUGGUCAUCCUGUGUGUGUGUUCGCAGAUGCUGAGCGAGUCAGACAGAGCGACGCUGCCUGUGAUAGCCACCGUUUUUGACAAACUCAAUCAUGAGUACAAGAGGUACCUCGACGCUGAGCAGAGUUAUACAGUGGCAGUAGAGGCAGGGCAGAGCCGAAGCAGUCCACUUCUGAAACGGCCUGUGCGGACCCAGGCUGUUGUUGAUCAGUCUGACAUGUACACCCAUGUCCUGUCGGUGUUCGUGGAAAGGAAGGAGAUGCCUCAUAAAUUUGUGGUAGCUGUACUGAUGGAAUAUAUUCGCUCUCUUAACCAGUUUCAGAUUGCAGUACAGCAUUACUUACAUGAACUUGUUAUCAAAACACUCGUCCAGCACAACCUCUUUUAUAUGUUGCAUCAGUUCCUGCAAUACCAUGUCCUCAGUGACUCAAAACCUUUGGCUUGUUUGCUAUUGUCCCUAGAAAGUUUUUAUCCUCCUGCUCAUCAGUUAUCUCUGGAUAUGUUGAAGAGACUUUCAACAGCAAAUGAUGAAAUAGUGGAAGUUCUUCUUUCCAAACACCAAGUGUUAGCUGCCCUAAGGUUUAUCCGGAGCAUCGGUGGCCAUGACAACAUUUCUGCACGGAAAUUUUUAGAUGCUGCAAAGCAGACCGAAGACAACAUGCUUUUCUAUACUAUAUUCCGAUUUUUUGAACAACGAAACCAGCGUUUGCGAGGGAAUCCAAAUUUCACACCAGGGGAACACUGUGAAGAGCAUGUUGCUUUUUUCAAACAGGUUUUUGGAGACCAAGCUCUAAUGAGGCCUACAACAUUCUGAAAUUUGCUGGUUUUUUGUUUUUUUUUUUUACAAAAAUGUGUACAAAGUUAAUUUAUUGCAU